CCUGUUGCAUUGUUGCCAACAUCAUGAAUACAACUAUUUAAAUUUUGACAAGUUCAAUUGAAACCGUCCACUAACCGCGAAGAAAAUUUAAUUGGGUUAUAGUUUUUUUAUAAAAUAAAUCAUCUUAAGGCUGGUAUAUUUAAAAUAAUGGACGCUGCAGCAUUAUUUGUGCAGCCGCAAACGGUAAAAGAUUUACCAAACAAUUGCUGCAAAGAUCAGAAGCAAAGUCGUUCUUGUGAUUAUACAAAAAUAUCAGGGAUUGUAACUUUUGUGCAAGAGGAACAUGCCGCCUAUAAAUACACCGUCUAUCGAUGCGCCUCCAAGAUUAUAAGCCUACAAAAACUAUUGUUUACUUCAAAUAUACCAUACAAACUUGUACAGGCGUUAAUGGGUCGAUAUCAUAUACUGGAUGUGGAUGCUAAUUUUAUGGUACCUCCGUUCCAGUUGACAACGUUUAUUCAUGAUCUAUACUAUGCUUGUGAAACAUUAGGACAUUUUAAUACAUUCACAACAUAUUGUAUUGAAAAGGCAACAAGUGUAUUAGCGACUUUCUUUUGGAAUUUAUUUGAUCCGAAUCGACGACAUUCCAUCUCUGUUUUGGAAAUAAAAGUUAUGUUUUUGUUACUUUCAAAACAUAUUGGAUUACUAGAUUGGAGUGAAGAAUUUUAUAAAUUGCUGCAUGACCCUAAGACAAAGUGUGUUUCAAAGAAAAACUUUGAGUAUUUGGUGAAUAUUUUGACGAAAACGUUUAGCUAUAUCGGUGAGGAGCUUGCUUAUGGUUCACAAAACAAAACAAUAAUAAUGGAACAGUGCUUUGGGAAGUCACUGAAUUCUUAUGGCUUAACUGAGCUACAAUUCAAAAAUUUAUGGAAUGAUAAUCGCACACGGUUGUGCAUUUUUGUAAACCUGAUAAGUUUAAUUAAACGCAUGCAAGAUACUGAAAAAAUUACACAUAACAAAAAUUGUGCUGCUUGCAAUAUACAAAUAAUCGGUAUACGCUUCAAAUGCAGAUCGUGCCACGAUUUGUCUCUUUGUUUGUCCUGUUUUGCAAAGGGUUACAUAAAAGGUAAACAUGAGGCAAGACAUCGUCUGACCGAGGUGUUCAAGGAGGAUGAACCGCCAAAGCGUAUCUCGUAUAUCUUUGCUUCAAUUUGUAAUUUUUUCAAAAUGAAGAAACAAAGCAACGAAGAAUGUAAAGGCUUUUGCAAUACAGAUGAAUCUAACAGUGUUGAUGAAACGGAACUGGAAAUAAUAGCAUCUGACCAUACAGUAAACAGUGAAAUAAUGACCACAGUUAUUGAGGUCAAAACGGAUGCAAUUGAAACUUCGAUUGCUGGACUUUCAACUAGCGCUUCAACGGCGUCAAAUGUUUCGGAGCAUCUGCAGUCUAUCAUCGAUAGGCUAUUGCAGCAGAACUCUAAACUGGAAAAACAAAUUAAAAUCGUGAAAACUGCGACAAAUGAGGAAAUUUCCGAUUUUCUGCAAUCGCAUCAACACUUUCUGAUUGGAAUCAUAAAUGAAAUGCGAAGGUUUUCGCAAAUAUCGAAGUCAUUGAGUUCAUAUCCCACGUCUAGCACCCCGAAUCGAUCCCAUUCUGACAAAAUGCAUAUGCAAAACGUAGCAGCAACAGUAGACAACUUUAGCGUCAUGGGAAGCAAUCUAACGCAUUCGAUUAAUGGCGCCGACUUGAAUCGAAGUUAUUUGGAAGCAAACAAAUCGGAUGCUUCGGUCAACGACGUGAGUACGUGGUUUAAUCAGCGAAGAUCAUCGGCUUUAAUGCCAAUACCGAACGCUACCAUCACAGAUUGUGGUGUGGAAACUGUGCAAGAAAUUAAUUCAAAACCUAAUGGAAAUAGAAUGGACACAGUUGACGAAUUUGAAAUUGUUGAUUUGCGUGACACCGAUAUGAUAAAUUUCAAGCUGUUAUUGAAUAAAGUUAAAGAGAUUGUCGAGGACUCUUUUAGUGAUAAUACUGAACUAGCAGCAGCAACACAAAAUUUGGAAAAUGUGCUAGAUAAUAUCGUAAAGAAUGAGGAGAAGCGUAGAAGUAGUACUUAAUGUUGAACACUGGGUAACAAACCGAUUUAUGCAUGCGUAUUGCAGCUAUAUAUGCAAUGUAUAAGUGUUCUGAACAUUACGUUAACUAUACAUUCUUCAAAUUUGUAAAAUUUAAUAAGUGCCGUUUGUACAUAUAAGCCAGUUUGUAUAUAUUUACUGAACCUAACCUGCAAUUCGCCAAAACCAAAACUAAAUUUAUUAUAUUAUAUAUAGCCGUCCACUCAAAUUUAGAUAAAUAAUGGUAGUAAUAACGAAUUUAAUUGUACAAUAUCUGCAAUACGAUACAAAAGUUCAGUUGUGUGAAAACAUAGAAGAUGACAUUGGCUUUAUAUGAAAAUAUUAUUAAUAGCCUACCAGAUAGAGAAAAGCAAUCCAAUUAAUUUAAUUAUUUAAUGAUACUUGACUAAACUUACGUGUAUGUGUAAAAAAUAUGUUCUUAUGAAUAAUAAACGCAAAUCAAAAUAUGUUAACGUAA